UCCUCAGCUCAGCUCACAAGCAGGUUAGCUCGAGCCCUCUUUCCUCCUCUGCCUAGCGCGACAGCCACACGAGGCCGAGCCAGCUGCAAAGAAAAGAUGUCGCAGAGGGCGGGCAGGCACCAGCGGCGGGCGUCGCAGAGCGUGUUCGUGCUCCCGGAGAACUUCGCGCUGGAGGACGUGCCGGCGGCCGUGGCCGAGGGCGGCGUCGAGCAGCGGAAGCCCGCGGCGGCGGACGCCCCCGAGCUGCAGGCGGCCAGGCAGGCGGGGCGCCACCGGCGGGCCAUGUCCAUGGCCGUCGCCUCCAGGAACCUGGAGAUGAUCUCGGAGGACAUCGGGACCUACAAGUACGGCGCGUAGGGGAUGGAUGACCGCGUGUGGUGGUAGCGGCUGCUGGUGCGUGCACGCGCUCCUCCGGCGCCGGUUCAUUGAUUCUCGGGCCGUUCAGUUGGGUGCACAAGAGGAGGUGGCGGUGUGCCGAUCCAGUCCGGUGUCCUGUAGUCCUGUGCUGUCGUUGAGUUCCGCGAUGUAUCGAUGCUUCUUCUCUACUUCAAUUCGUACUUGCCUUCUUGUUCUUCGUCUCAUCUAGAAGUAAAUGGAAAAAAAAAUGUUCAGCUUCA